AUGCAUGUUCUAGACACAACACCGAAAAGUAACAAUAAUCUAGCCGCAAGUAAUGUUUUACAAAAAAGUUCAUCAUAUUAUUCAAAAAGCAGUUCAAAUGUAAAUAGAAGUCUGUUCACUGAUGAUGAUGAUAAUAUUAAUUUUGAGAAAAAAUCUUCAAAGAAUCUUGACACAACACCGACAAGUAACAAUAAUCUAGCCGCAAGUAAUGUUUUACAAAAAAGUUCAUCAUAUUAUUCAAAAAGCGGUUCAAAUGUAAACAGAAGUCUGAAUAAAUUGUUGUAUUCUUCUGAGAGAAAAUCUUUGAAAAAAAAAAAUCAGUAUGUGCCUUUUGAAAAACACAUUUCUUCGUGCUUAGCCGAAAUAAAGUAUGAAAUAAAAAGUCAUACUUAUAAAAUUGAUUGCUUAAAAGAAAAAAUUGAUUUUAUUGAAGAAAAUCUCAAAAGUUUUAAAUUGUAUAAUAGAAGUAUUGUUACAAAUAGUAGUAAUGAAGCGUUUGCAGAUGAUAUUAUGUUUGAUUCGUUAAUUUCUUUAUGGCCUCUUAAGAAUGAUGAUGAUUUAGACGAGUUUGAAAAUAUAUUACUGGAUAAAACUAAGAAAAGGCAAUGUGAAAUUAUAUUAUCUAGAGCAAUUUCAAGGAACAUACCUAUAACCAUAAGAGUUAUGAUGCAGCGAAUGUUUACAGAUAACUUUUUGUCAAAUUUUUCUUUUAUCGGCUUCAAAGGGAAAAAAAACUUUUCAAAACUCCGCAGUUGUUCUUUAAUUUUUGAUUCUAUAAGAAGAGUGAAAAAAUUUGAGAAUGUGCCAGAUUGCGAUAUCUCCAACCCAAUGAAAUCCUGGUUAGCACAAGCUAAUAACCGCUUAAUAAAAAUAAAAACAAAAAAUGAUUCUACUCAUGUAGUACAGCACUUAUAA